AUGGCAGAACAGACCAAGGAGCAAUUCACCGAUGAUCUUUUGAGCGAAAAAAUAUUCCACUGCAACAUUUGCGAUGAACUGUGCACGUUCGAUAUUUUCCUGGUGAAAGGCGAAGGAAACGUGUGCGGAAAAUGUUUCGAAGAAAAGUGCGAUGAGGAAAUGAAAUCCAGGGCUGAAUUAAACGCAGCCCUCAUCUUAAUCAUAGCCAAGCUAAUGUUGCCGUGCAAGUUUCAAGCCAAAGGCUGCGACAACAGAGUGGGGUCGAAAAAAUAUUCCAAGCACGUCGCCACUUGCGACUUCAAAAUUAAACCGUGCCCGAUGAAAAAUCUCGAAGGUUGCGAUUGGAGUGGAAGCAGCUUCGAAGUUGCCGGGCAUUUUUCGGAAAAUCAUCGAGAUGAAGUGGUUUAUAGUGACAACAAUAUUUUCAAUGUUGAAACAACCUUGUGCGAAUCAGUCAAUGUAAAAUUAUUGACUAGCGAUCACCAAAAGUGCCUUUUGAAGACCUCAGUGGUUGAUGAUAAGUUUUAUUACGCUCUAAAUCCACUAGAAGAAUGCGAAGAGAAUAUGGACUAUUCCGUGAAGCACAAAAGUGUUAAAACAACCAACCAUUCGGUGUUGAAAACUGUGGGCACCAUAACCAAACUGAACGGUAUUUAUAACGAAGAAAAUUUGAAUGCAAACCCCAACGCGACUGCGGUGGACAUCGACUCGAUAAAACAUCUCGCGGACGAAAAAAAUGUGAUCGCCAACGAAUUCAAUUUGAACCCUAAAGGAAUUAACGAAAGCAUGUUGAAGUUACUGGAAUGUCCCGUAUGUAUGACCAUCAUGAGACCGGAUGUUUAUAAUUGUACCAGGGGCCACAGUAUUUGCUCGUUGUGCAGGAACGAUCUCGUAAAAUGUCCCAUAUGUAAGGAAGAAAUUACCUUUGCAAGGAACUACUUUAUAGAAAAUUUAACUGAAGGUAUCAAGUUUCCGUGCAUUUAUAAUAAACAUGGGUGCAAAAACUUCGGCGUUUGCAAUGAAAUAACCAAUCACGAAAUUGUUUGUCCCUUACAGCAAUAUCAUUGCCCCCUAUGUGGAAAUUUCACUGGUAGCAUUGAAUUUAUUUUGGAUCAUUUGAGGAGUAACCAUAAGGAAAUGGAAUGUGUGGAGAAAACCGAAAUAAUAACAACAAAAACUACAAACUAUACCGACAAAUGGAUAUGGUUUGAUUCUAAUUUAUUUAUUAUAUCGUUUGAUGAUAAUUCACCUCGAAUAUAUAUCGAAAUAAUCACCACCAAUAUAAACGACACUUUGUAUAGGGGUGUAAUUGGAUAUAAACAACUAUUUGAUGUUAAUGAUUGGUUUGCAAUGGAAGACUAUAAAGGAGGCCAUGUUUUCUUCCUUUCAAUUGAAAAAUACGUUAAAUAGUUAUUUAUGUAAAUAAAAAUUAUUAAUUUAAUAAAAUGUUUGAAAUUUUGUAUUUGCCCAAUUUUGAUUAUUUCGUUUUCCUUUUUGACAGUUGCAGUGACAUUUCUUUACGCAGUGUUAUUAUGUUCUGUGAAACGAAUGAAGUCAACUACAAAUAGUAAAAAAGGUAUG